AGAUCGACGCGCGCGACGCCGACGCCGACGCGCCGUCGCGUUCGCGCGCGCGCGACACCGCUCGAGAGAAUUUCACUCGAACGCUCGCGCGCGCGCGACGGCGCGCUCGACGUCGCGGGCGACGCGCGCGACCGCAUUCGCGCGCGCGCGCGCGUCGGAUCGCGACGCGCCGCGCGGCGAUCGUCGCGACGCGCGCGACGUCGAGCGAGGGUUCGCGCGAUCGAACGCGCGCGGCGGUGGGGCGAAGGCGCGGUGACGGUCGAUCGAUCGGUCGGAUCUCGCGCCGGCGGAGAUCGGCGCGGUCCAGAGGUGGAUUGGAUCGGAUUGGAUUGCGUUGGAUUGCGUUGGAUUGCGUGUGAUUGAUUGGUCUGAUUCGAUCGCGUCGAUUCGAUUUGAUUGAUUUCGAUACGUCGAUCUUGGACGUAGAAAAGGCUCGGUUGAACGCGAACCGACGCCCCCCCCGACGAGAACGAGCGAUCGCGAGGCGGAACGCGCCGUCGACGAUCGAUUGAACGAUUUUCAUUCUCGCGCGCGCGCUCGCUCGCGAAUCGAUUUUCUUUCAUUGAAAAACACCAACGCGCUCGACGCGCGGGUAGACGUUCUACGCCGGACUCGAUCGGAGAAAUUCCGAGAGGACGAUAAUAGACGUCACCGCGUUUGGCCUGUUAAAUAAAUAAUAGGAACUUCCUCGAGGCGACCGCCGCGAGAGAAGGGAAGAACAGAGGCGGUUUCGUCCGACUCGACGCUCGCUCGGCGAGUCUUUGACUGGCGAUGACGGACGUGAUCACCAUGUCGUCUUCGUCAGACGAUGAUCGACCGCCGAUCGCACGCGGUGGAGAGGCAUCGUCUUCUUCAUCGGAUGGCGACGCUGGGUUCAAUGGAGACGUGUUGGCGACUGAGUUGGCAAAGAUGCCGCUCGCGCUUCGCGCGCAGCUCACCGCCGCGGCCAAGUCUUCGACGAGCACCAACCAGCGCACGCUCGUGAGCGAGUGGUCGGAGAAGACGAAACUGUCAGUUGAUUUGGUAGAAAAAAUCUUCGCUUCCUUUGCGAAAUCGUCGCGUGCGUCAGCGGAGGCAGCGCGCGAAACCGUCGCGCGCCUCGCCGCCGCCGACGGAGUCGACUCCGCCGAUGGAGACGAGUACUCGCCGGGUGCCGCCGAAGCGGCGACUGCGGAUGACGACGCUAUGGACGACUCGCCGAAAAUCCCAGCGUCUAAGCAGCCGGUGCUCGAGGAAGGUGUUCCGUUUCCUGGAAUUACUCGAGACGUCUCCGUGGACGUCGCGUGCGGCGAUCUCAGAGGCGUUCUCGAGCUGAAGAAGGGAUACAAGAAACUUCAGGAGCGCGUGCGAUGCGAGGGCGAAAUGAUGACGCCAAGUAAGUUUGAGAGCGAGGGCGGGCGCGGGUCGGCGAAGAAGUGGAAGAUUAGCUUACGCAUCGUGCGUUCGGAUGGAAAACUCGGGAUGACUGUCGGAGACUGGAUCGACAGGUACGGAUACCAUCCGUCGGGCUUAGUCAUAGGUGGGGAGGUGGCCGACGCGCCGGCGCCGCCGAAGGUGAAAAAAUCAGCGUUUGAGUCACAGCUAGAGACCUUACUCGACUACGAUGGGGACAUUGCCUUGCGUAGCAUCGCUAAAUUUGUACGAAUGAUGCGAGAGACGACCAAGCCUAAGGAACGCGGACUUUUGCUCCAAGUCAUUCGAGGCACGAAAAACAAAGAGUGUUUGCGCCAGUUCGGUCAGUCGGCGGAGAUUAAAGGAUUAGACACGCUGCAAGAUUGGAUGGACGACGCUAAAAGGAAGUUUCAAUCCACUCUUUUAGUGAGCAUUCUUAGAACAUUGAAGAUGAUUCCAGUUACAUUGGACGCGCUCACGCGUACUUCGAUCGCCCCGAAUCUGGGCAAGUUGAAGUCGUACGUGGUGCCAGAGGGUGAAGAGGAGUUUGCCAACACCGAGAUGAACACUAAAGUUGUCUUGUUAUCCAAGUCGGUCAAGAACGCGUGGAAAGCGCAAAUCACGGCGCCCCACACGGCGCCGGCGCCGGCGCCGAAACCGGCGCCCGUGGUCAACCCGGCGCCCGCGGCGGUGCCCGCGUCCAAGGCUGUCGAACUCGGUGACGAUGACUUGUUCGGUGCGAAGUCGAAAAUCUCACCAGCGCCUUCGAAAGCGCCGGUGGUGAAGACCACGGUGACGAAAAUCACGAUGGAAAAGAAGGUGGCUCCGCCGAGCGUGACGACGAAGAAACCGAGCGUGAGCGUGAACGAUUUGCUCAAGACGAGUUCGCAAUCGACGAAGAUCACCGCACCGCCGGUGAAGACGAAAGAGAAGGCAAAGGACGAUGAUAAAAUCGACGAGAAGACUGGGAAGAAGCGCAAGCGGAAGACGGUGACUUGGGCGAAGGAUGAAAAUUUGGAGCAAGUCAGAAUCUUUGAGAAGGACGCCAAGCAACCGAAGGAAACGGCUUUCCCAGAUCCGACGAGAGACGGUGGGACCGAUGGCGCAAGCCGCAAGGCGCUCGAGAGGAGAGACAGGGAAGUGGAGGCGGAAAGAAAGGCGGCGGCAAAGCAGCACCAGCGUCGACUCGACGAGAUGCGCGCCACGACAACCUGGCGCCCGCCUCGGCGCAUCGAAAUUCCUCGUUGGGAAGAGGAAGAGUCGGACAGAGUCCCCGGUGACGAGUCGGAAGAAUCCCAGAGAAUUCUUCGCAUCGAAGCCGAGAAACCGAGCGUCAAGUACAGGAGUCUGAAAGACAUUCCAGACUCUCCGGCGGAGGCGCCGAACGAGGACGCGCAACUCGACCUCGACAACACGCCAGCCUUCUACAUGAAGUUUCAAGAAGAACCGCUGUCUCAAGACAGCGGCGAACCUUCACCCGCGAUGCCCCAACAGCUCCAAAUGCCACAGGCUCCGGGAUCGUUACUUCCUCCGAACAUCGACUUUGCCGCGCUUCAACGCACGUUGCUCGCCGCCAACGCGCCGCAUCAAAACGCCGGUUACCAGUACCCCCCGCAGGCGCCUCUUCAACACGCCUUCCCACCACCACCCCCUCAAGCCGCGUACGCACCUCAGCCCCCUUACCAACCCGGCGCGCAACAGCCCGCGCAGCGACCGACGAAACAGGCGCUCGUCGGCGGCGCCCCCGUGCCCGCGCAGCAGGCGCUCAACCUCAACGGCAAGACGUACCGCGGCGUGUGCGCCUUCUUCAACACCCCUCGAGGAUGCAGCUGGGGAGAUAAGUGCGGCUACCUCCACCAAGUCGGCGUCAAUCCUCCGUCGACGGGUUGAUCCCGCGUCCGCGACUCGCCC